CCCGGCACGCUAACCGAGAACGCGUAACUUCAGCUCAUACCUACUACCAGCAAGAUGUUUCCCAGUGACGCGGCGCAACAAUUGAUACAGCCGGCGUACUAUAUUUUCCUUCCAUUUGGAUCAUUGCACACGUAUUGCGAUAUUGCGCUAGUCGGGAGAUGCCGUCACUACAGGGCUGGACACCGCCGAUCUAGGUCUCUGACAGGGCACGCAUGGACAAGAAUAGGGUCAAAAGUUUGGCAACAGUGAUCUGAGAGAUUGCUAGGGGUUACUCUAAGCAUGGAUAGAGACUGCGGCCAUAGAUCUGGGUCCCUACUGCGAUGACCAUAGUGAAGUAGAUGGUCCGAGUCAGGACUGGCAGGAAGUACA